AUCAUCUCCAUUAUUAAGUUUUAUUUUUAUAAUAGUAACAUCAGAAUUAAUGUCGAUACGAUUGCUUCACGCAAGCGUACAGCAUGUAAUAGUUAUUUGUAUGGUUGAGCGUUGCUAAGACUACGGCUGAGUCCUCGUCAUCGACAGGGUAUCGUCAACGGCAUCGCCAAGAACAACGUGCAUACAACGUAUAUACACGGCCUAUGCCGCGCUAGCAAUAUAUGCCUACGGCAUACCAUAACUGUGUACAGAGAUUGUCAAAAGUGCCGUGUUCCUCGACGAGCCGCAUUCUCCCUUUUUUUUCUGUUGCCCACCGUCGCACAGAAAUGGGAAGCUAAUAACGCAAUGCCCAAAUUCACGAGAAAGGUCAUGGACGAACGUUGGCACAGUGACGUGACUCAAAACCGUAUUGCUCCAAUUUAAUCAAGUCAAGUAAUUUAUAUCGAAGAUACUAAUACUUGAAAACGCGUUCGAUUUCUCAAGUCUUAUACGAAUAUAUCUACAGAUGAAGAAUUCUAAUAUAUAAAUAUACUUAUAUUUGCUCGUUAUAAUCAAUUGUAAUAUUUCCAAUCCUUUUAAUAACUAAUGCAAUUUGUUAAUGAUAUAUUAAUUAAUAUGGAGACGUUCCCUUAGUCUAAUAAAGCUAUAAGUAUUAUUUAUGAAAUAUGAUUAGUACCUGAAGUGAAGUGUACCUUAUGUUGAAUGCAUUUGCAAGAUUACUGCAUCAUUCAACAUGAAACAAAUAGAUCUAUAUCUCGUUAAUUUACAUCAUGUAACGGCUAUAAACCUUCAUAUCCUAUUACACGACACAUAGUAAACGUUAACACAUAUGACAUACUCCAGCUCGCGUGCACACAUAUACACAUUUACAUAUUAGCGACAAAUCGACAUAUGUGUAUGUAUAUCAUGCUAUAAUCAUGCUGUAAAGGUAUGUAAGGCUACUUAGGCUGGCUUAUAAGUGGAGUUACUAUCCAUCAUCUUCGAGGACCGCGUGUAAAAAUAUUUUUACUCUGAUAGUACUGUCGACCAUGAUCACGGUGUUUGCAUUAGGAUCAGAUUGUAGCGGGGAUCCUUGCAUGUAUGGGAUCUGUUUGGAUAACGAGAACAGCACUUAUUCUUGUUAUUGCAUCGAUGGUUACACGGGAAUUAAUUGCGAAAUCAAUUGGGACGAAUGUUGGUCAGAUCCUUGUCUUAAUGGUGGCACAUGCAACGACGGUGUUGCCGCAUAUAACUGCACUUGCCUCGACGGUUUCGUAGGUGUGAAUUGCGAGCAAAGAUAUAGCGAGUGUUCGAACCAUCCGUGCCUCAAUAAUGGUACCUGCGUCGAUUACGACGGCAUCACUUGCCAAUGCCUGGAUGGAUACUCAGGUGCAACACGCGUGAUGAUAAACGCAGCUAAGAAAUUUCUAUAUCGUUAUUUUCUUGUUCUAUUUCCAGGAGAAUAUUGCGAGAUUGACGCCUCGGUCUGCAACGAGACAAUGUGCAAAAAUUCCGGCGAAUGCAUCGAAGGGCCCGGCUUCUCAUUCUAUUGUCGUUGUCGCGAAGGGUGGACCGGUAUUCUCUGCGAGGAGGACGUAGACGAAUGCUUGGAGUUACCAUGCAGAAACGGUGGUCUCUGCAUCAAUAUUCCAUCUUCCUACACUUGCGCUUGUUUAUUCGGUUUUACUGGCAAAGAUUGCGACAAGGCAAUUGUGCCAUGCAAGGAUAAUCCUUGUCAGAACGGAGCAGUGUGUCUACUGGAGGACGACCGUCCAGUUUGUUAUUGCGUGCCCGAUUAUCACGGUGCACUUUGCGAGCUAAGAUACGACGAUUGCGAAUCGAAAUUCGCUCAAUGUGACAACGGAGGUACCUGUAUCGAUGGUAUUAAUAGCUUCACUUGUUCGUGUCCACCGAAUUACGGUGGUCCCAUGUGCGAGUACAGUUUUCUCUCGACGACCACACUAGAAGUGGAAGACACAUCUGAACAGGGAACGAGUAUAGUUAGAGCUACAACUGCCGUAGUUUCGCCUAAAGAAUCAACUUCGAUAGUGGAUAUGUCUCUACCUUUAUCAUCCACAUCAACUAUUAGUUUUGCCGUUUACUCGACGACUCCGAAAAGUUCACCUUAUACAAAGAGAUAUACGAUUAUGGAGAAGACUACGACGCCGAGAUACGAGGGCGAGAGUUCUAGCGUUAGCGGUGAUAGUAGUGUUUUUCUUACUGAAGUUCCAUCAACAAGUCCGACUCGAGAUGAUUUCGUUACGUCGAAGCCUGUAACGGUGUCGUCCGCUGUUACCGAAGGCUACCUCUAUGAGACUGAAACAGAAAGUAUUGAAGUUUACUUGCCAACCGGGAGAUCGAUCCAUGACGGUGAAGUUACUAAGGCACCUGACUAUGAUCAGACAACAAAGAUACAUCCGCCGUUUUCUAGUAGAGUAGAUGAAGAUGUAACGGAGUACACGACAAGUUAUCGACCUACAAUGGAUAUGGGUGAAGGCCAAAAGGAUGAUAGGACUAAUGUCACAAGUGCCAUUAUGGAUCACGCUACUGAUGUAACACUUUCCAUUGAUACGACAUUCCGAUACAUGACUGAUUCUAUACAAAACAGAACGUUCGAUUUUGGAACUACGAUCAUGGACAUGCCAAGAACUGUUCUACCCUUAACUACCUCAUCGACACUGCCAUCGGUAUUAUCUUCGACCAUGAGAUUUGAUACUUCUACAGUACCUUCCCCGUUAACAUCCACCAGCGGAUCCUCGUUAAGCCAAACUACUGUUACUGGCAUCGAAAUGAAUACCACAGAAAUCGGUGCUUGUCGCGGAAAUCAGUGUUCCACGAGUACUACCGCGUUAACUCCGCGGAAUGUUACCGAAUAUGCCGACGGAUGCAAGACGGAUUCAACUAUCACACAAGCGGCCUUUAACGGCAAAUCUUUUGUCAGACAACGCGUCGAAGUAAUAAUUACUGAAAAUAAGAGCGCGACGCUCCGAAUUUAUCUUAAGCUUAGAACGGCAUUUAAAAAUGGAAUUAUAUUGCACGUUUACUUUGACAAUGAGAGAUAUUCUUUGGUAUACUUGGAACUUGGAUCGUUGAAGUUCCAGUUUUCUUGUGGCCUAGAAACUAUGUUACUCGGUGAAAUCGAUGCUAUUAUCGAUAAUGGAUACGAAGUGGGCAUCGAUAUGAGCUUUCAAUACGUUGCCAAUGACGAAAACGAGAAAUGUUUCGCCAAAUUGCUGGUGAAUGGCACUAUGGCCGUAACCGGCGAACAAAUACUGCCACAGCGAGGAAUGGUCCCAAAAUAUGCUAAUUUGUACAUAGGAGGCAUUCCAUUAACGUUCUCGCAUUAUUUCCCUCACGUAGCAAUGGGAUUCAUUGGUUGCAUGGAUUCCCUGAAGGUGAACGAUAUUACGCGACAUUUUAUUCACGAUUCCUUAGAAACAUUCCAGAUCGAAGAAUGCACGUCGUUUUUAUGUUUGUCGAAUCCGUGUCAGAAUUUCGGUGCGUGUGAAGAAAGCGAAGGAAGAAUUCGUUGCAAGUGUAUAGCGGGGUAUACUGGGCCUUUGUGUGAACAUUCGGCAUGCAACGACAAUCCCUGCUCAAUGGGUGCGACGUGCGUAAGCUCGCCGGGAACUGGUUUUAUUUGCGUUUGUCCGCUCGGCAGUCACGGGCUUUUCUGCGAAGAAGAUGCCAUUCUAGUGCGGCCGGCUUUCUCGGUCCUUGUCCCCGGUUUCGCGUCGUACAUCGCUUACGGCGUGACUACUUCGAUAAAGGACACAAUGGAGCUGAAGCUGCGACUCAUCCCGCGCACGUUUGAUCAAAUCUCCCUGAUAGCGUACCUCGGACAGAGAAGCUCGCGCCGUGAUGUCUCGGACCAUCUUUCGAUAACGUUUGUGCGCGGCUACAUUAUGCUUACGUGGGAUUUGGGCUCUGGAGUACGAAGAAUCUUCACUAGCGAUUCGUUGACCUCUCUGAGUGUGGCAGGAUCGGCUGGUAAAAGUAAAACGUAUACCCUUCGAAUCGGAAGGAGAGGCAAGGAAGCGUGGCUCGCUGUAGAGGGUCUCAAAAACGUGACUGGUCAGGCAGUAGGAUCUAUGACUCAACUUGACGUAUCGCCUAUUCUCUAUAUCGGUGGUUACAAAUCCAAAAACUUUGAUACGUUGCCGCACGACCUACCCCUCCAUACCGGCUUCUCCGGAUGUAUAUUCGACGUUGAAUUGCGCACAGACACAACGAUUCUUCCGUUAACCGGCUCUAGUCCUGCCACUGGCCGCGGUGUAGGCGAAUGCAAUCGCAAUGAAUGCAUUCGCCACUCGUGCAAGAACGGUGCGGUGUGUUUACAUCACGGAGCAUCGUAUAGUUGCAUUUGUACAAAGGAAUGGGUUGGGCCUGAUUGUUCCAUUCCUAUCUAAUUCGUCGCUGGAAACGAUCUUCUAGAUGCGCGUAGAAGAUCUC